UGUGGUCAUGUUUCUCUAUCUCUGUUGUUUGUGUAUAUGUGGAUCGGUCAUUAUUUGAUACAUAGAUCAUUCGAGUUCAUUUUUUUUUUAAAUCCUAGCCAAAAAAUAAUCGGACUUUUUGUCACAACAACGUGAAUCCCAGUUGGAUAUCUUUUUUUUUUCUUCUUUGAUCAUCUUUCGGUUAUGUGACAGUGUGACAGUAAUUGUGGUAUUUUGGUACGAAAAAAAAAAUCCGAUCAUCUUAAAUGUUCGAUGUAUACACCAUGUGUGCGUGUAUAUGUUCUGAUAUCUAUAAUAUACGUGUGUUUUGGUGAACAAAUCCCCAAUUAAACUACUACGGUAGUAAAGGCCAUUUGUGCUUAACUCAUCACAACAACAACAUCACUAAUCUACGGGUUUGGCCCAAAACUAAACUGUAUAAUCCAUGAAUCGCGGCCAUACAACAUUAACAUAAACAAUGUAUAAGUCCAGGUCAUGAUCACUAGCUCAUAUCAUUCGUCAAAUGAUGAAUCCAUCGGGAUCAUCAUCUAUUUGGCCGCUCCCAACAUUACAUCAUCAUCAUCAUCAUCAUCCUGAUCAAAAUCAACCCCUUGCUUCGCUUGUAACGGAUAACGACAAAUCAACUAGUUCGGCCGCCAUUCUCAUGGCCAAUCAAUCGUCCUUGUCACCAUACAGCAAUGGAAAUGGUGCCAAUGUUAGCAUAGAUACUGAAUCACUUCUUUCCGGUUACAGUGACCAUCGUAACAAGAAUAAAGGAUUGAAUGGUAGUGCUACAGCAGCAUACGCUUGUCUAUUGACCAACACGACGGCUGUAAAUAAUUCGUCUGUAAUUGGAACUGCAGUGGCCCCCUCGCCAAUGGUUGCGGCCACACCUAACGUAAUCCUUAAUCCAUACCACGGUAAUUAUCAGGCCAACACCAGUCAUACGGACGCCCAAGUGCAUAGCGUAGUUUCGAUGCGAAGCGCUGGUCGACAAUCACAUCAUUCAAAUCGAAAUGGCCUUGCAACAAAGACGAUCGAAUCGGGUUAUCAGAUCAAGGGUAACCCUCAGGAAAUUGUUCGGGUGUCGAUGUCGUCUCCCGACGAUCACUGGAAUGAUAACACAACCGCUAUCACAGGAAACACAAGCGAUCAAUCUGGAUCAAUGGAUGAUCUCAGCAAAAUCGAGAACGUGAGCCACACGAUUAACAAGCUCACUGUCUGGCAGCUAUGGUCUGGAACGAUAGUGGCCAUUGUCCUGUCUGUAUGUGCCUUUUUAUCUCCGAUCGUAAUGACCCUCCUUCCUCGACUCGAAUUAUUCGACUUUAAGGCUAAAGAAUGUGGCCCAGAAUGUGAUGGUCUUGUUCUAAGUUUCCUGUUUAAACAAUUAAUUCUGGCCACAGGAAGCUGGGCUGUCUUUUUUCGUCGUCCACGUUGGACGAUGCCUCGUAUCUGUGUAUACAGGAGCACGGUAUUAGCUCUUAUCGUAGUAUUGUUGGUAGCAUAUUGGCUUUUCUAUCUGGUCCGUAUCGCCGAUAAGCGAUUAAGCGAUGAGGAUACUAUCAGCUACUACAGUGUCGUAAUGUUUGCCAUAUCGUUGGUCGACGCCUUGUUAUUCAUUCAUUUUCUGGCCAUUUUAUUGCUUCGAAGCUGCCAUCUAGAUAAUGAGUUCUUCAUCAAAGUAGUUCGUUCUCCAGAUGGCCAUAGCCAGUGUUAUACGUUAGGACGAACGUCCAUUCAACGAGCUUCGAUUUGGGUAUUGGAAAAGUAUUAUCAGGAUUUUCCCAACUACAAUCCAUUUCUUGAGCGGUUAGCAAACAGAAAAAUCCGCAGAAAUAGCCUAUCUCGACAAGGACUUAAAUUCUACGACGUUGAUGGUGUCGUAGAUCCCAGCUCGGCCAACAAAUCGACUAAUGGCCAGAAUAAUCCUCUACAAUUGAGUCCUAAAUCAAUAUUGGCUCAGAAUACUGCAGCAAAUGCGGGUCGACGAUGGCCGAAAAACGCUGCUCACCUAAACGGAGGCAGUAAUAUCUCGGAUGGCCGAGGUAAUCGACGCCAUGAUCGCGACACGACUAGUCAUCACAGCGGUCAUUCGGGACAUCACCAUCAUCGACAUCAUAGCGAUCGCCUGCACGAAAUACAUGAAUAUGAACGACGUGUUCGAAAAAGGAAAUCACGCCUAAUCAACGUGACUGAAGAGGCGUUCACUCAUAUCAAACGUGUUCAACAACAAAGUCAUGGCCCCUUAUCGACAGCAUCGAUGAAUCCGAAAGAAGCUGCACAGGCCAUCUUUCCGACUAUCGCACGUACCUUACAAAAAUAUCUUCGAGCAACACGACAGCAAGCCCGACAUUCUGUGCAAUCUAUACUGGAGCAUCUGUCCAUUUGUCUCACCUACGAUCUUAGUCCGAAAACUUUUCUCGAAAAGUAUCUGUCGCCCAAUAACUCUCACGUCGGUUGGUCAAAGAAUGGUCAUUUAGAGACAUGGAAUCUUAUAUCCGACACAUUGGUAUCACGUUCGAUCGAAUCGGAUAGUCAAUUUCUGUUACGUCAUGAAGAUCAUAAUGUUUGCUUAUUGGUUACGAUAAAUAGUAUGCCAUACCUAAAUCUAAUCGAACAAGUGGUCGACUUUGAGCGAACCAAAUUCCUGUUCAAAUUGAAUUCCGAAACCUCUGUUUGACAAUCUUCAAAAUGCAUCUGAUUUUCCCUCUUUCUUUCUUUCUCUUGGUGCUAGUGAUAGCUGAUUGAAACCCUUGUUUGUAAAUAAUGUGAACUAUUAUAUAAACACCCCUUUCCACGCCAUUGUUGUACAUUUUAUUUUGUAUCCUUUUUUCUUAUUUACACCUUUCUUUCAUUAAAGAAUUUUUUUC